AUGGGGGACGGCAUGGGUGCUGGGGACGAGUGCAGUGGAGCGGAGAAGGUCAAGGCUGACCUGAUUUACGGCGCGGACAUCGAGGAGCGGCGCAAGAUCUUCGAGAACCUUCUGCCAGAGGAAACGUUCGUAGACCGACGGUUGGUCACGGAGGAGCUCAUCGCCGAGGAGGAGACGCAGCGCUUCGGCCAGCGCGGCUUCGUAAGGCAAGUCGUGUUCGGUACGUACCAGGUGUUGGUCAACUCGACACCUCGCCCGGUUCAAGACGCCGCGACCGAGCAUCCGUUGGGCGACGGUUCCGGGGUCUGCGGUCUUCGACCAGUGCCGGGCGUUGCCGGCACGAAAACAGGAUCUGAACUGGAGCGCAGCGAGGAGAUCCGCCCCUCGCACUCGCCGGCGCUACGCGGCACCGACGCGCGGCGUGGUGGGCAGGGGCCCGCCGGGCGCGUCGACGUCCUGCGGCAGAUGGUCCGUGCGGCGCUGCUGCCACUCGUGGCCGCGCUGACUGCCGCGGCGGCGUCGGGCAGUGCGCCGCCGCCGCGGUCGACGCAGCGGUUCACGAUCGACCUGGACAGGGAGCCCGAGGAGCGCUUCAAGGAGGUCGCCCAGCACUUCAAGGCCAACAUACUCGACUUCCUGAAGGUCAUCGAGGGCUCUGCGGUCAAGGACAUCGUCGAGAAGAUUGUGAAACACCGCGGCCCCGAGAGGAGCGCGGAGCUGCAGGCCGAGAUCGCGGGCUGGGCAAAGUACACGGGCGCCCCGCUGGUGUACGCCCAGGUGGUCCACCUCUUGUACGAGCUGCAGACCGUCAUGGUCCCGUGGGAGAACGUGACGUGGCCUUGGGGCCAGACCACUCGGCGCACGGGCCUGGAACCCAUCUUCGGCUGCACCGGCAUCAUUGCCAGGAGCGCCGACAGCGGCACGGUGACGCACGCGAGGAACAUGGAUUUCUCAUUCGCCAAAUACUUCCAGAACAUGAGCUAUCUUGGCACCUUCGUGAAGAACGGCAAGGAGGUCUUCACCGCUCAGAUGAUAGCCCCGUACUCCUUCCCGAUCACUGCUUGGAGACGUGGACAGAAUGGCUACUCUGUCGAGAUCAACACUCGGUACCAGCACGAACGUGGACUCUCUCAUCAAGAUGCUGUCUUGGACGAGAAGAGGGAGGCGAGCGGCUGGGUCAGGCGCCAGGUCCUGCAGAGCGUCGACAGCUUCGAGGAGGCAGUCGAGGCCUUCUCAACGAGGCCCUACGCCACGACGGAGUACGACAUCAUCGCAGGCGUCCAGAAGGGGGUCAUCCUGGCGCGGGACCCCGACUCUGUGUACCACAAGUUGACACUGGGCCCCAAUCGGAACGACUACAUCAUCGUAACAAACUUCGACUACUGGGACCACGACCUCAAGGAGCUCGACCGACACGACCGUCUCGCCCUCCUGUUGCUCCGCCUCCUGAACUCGGCGUUGCUCGAAGAGCUCGACGGCCUCAUCGAGGAGGUGCUGGACCCGACGUCCCUUCACUUCGGGCACGCCCGGCGCGUCGGCGCCGAGACGCUGCUGAACGCGAGCGGCGGGCCCAGCUCGGACCUCGUCGCGGUCGCCGAUGCCUGUCGCGUGUCGCCAUCGUCGCCGUGA